AUGAAGCUCAUCCACAUCUUGCCGAUUGCGGCUCUCUCCACUGCGUUUGUGAUUCCCGACGAGCAGGUCAUGAGCCAGGUAGCCAUUGAAUCUGACCGAGCCCCGGAUUCCUUCCUUGAAAAAAUCCCUUCUAAAGACGAGGCGAUCAAGCAGUUCCACAACUCUUUCACUAAGCUCAUAGACACCUCCAAAAAUGCCUUUGACGACGCCAUCGAAUACGCUACGGAGACUACAGAAGAGGUCUCGGACAAGGCCUACGAAACUGCCUACCAUGUCAGCUCAUGGCUAGAUUCUGCCACCGACAGGGUUCAGGAACUGGGAGAAGAAGUUGUCCUUUCCUCCGAGGAUGACGAGGAGCAUCACGGUGGUAAAGGCCGCAAAGGCCGCAAGGGUCAUCAUGGCCACUGCAAGAAGCCGAAUCUGACUGUGUAUGAGCUCAUCUCCAAGAGCAAGUACACCACCAAGCUCGCCGCCUUGAUCGACGAGUAUGAGGAUGUUGUUGAGCUCCUCAAUGGCACCGCUUCAAAUUAUACUGUUUUUGCGCCAACUGACAAAGCGUUCGAGAAAAUCCCGGAGCAUGCCCCCAAGCCAUCGAAGGAGGAACUCAAGAAAAUCUUACUUUACCACGUCUCGGAAGACUUCUACCCAGCAGGCAAAGUCUUGGUCACACACACCGUCCCGACCCUGCUCUCGGUUGACACGCUCGGCAUUGGGCCACAGCGCUUGGCUACGGAGAUUGGUCUGAAAGGCCUAACAGUCAACUUCUACAGCCGCAUUGUUGCUAUUGAUAUCUUUGGAACGAACGGCGUUAUCCAUGGCGUUGAUAGCCUACUGAUCCCACCCCCAAAGAUUGCCAGCAUCAUUCAGUUCCUCCCUGGCGAGUUCAGCACCCUUGAACUCGGCCUCACAAAAACCGGUCUUCUGCCCGCUAUCGCGGACACCUCGAACCAUAUUGGUGGAACAAUUUUCGCCCCCUCCAACUUCGCCUUCCAGAAGCUGGGUCCGAAGAUCAACGGCUUCCUCUUUAGCAAAUAUGGUCAGAAAUACCUGAAGGCUCUUCUAGAGUAUCACGUCGUCGCCAAUCAGACACUGUAUUCUGAUGCUUACUACAAGUCUGAAUCUGUGGACAAUUCCAUGGAAAAAGAUGGCAUCCCCAAAGGUUUCUUCCACAUUGACCUCAAGACUCUUCUUGACGACAAGUCUCUCAGCGUUGACGUCGCCCGCUAUGGCCGUUACAUUACAAUUAAGAUUAACGCCUUCUCCACCGUCACGAUCGAGGAUGGGAUCGCGUCAGAUGGUGUCAUUCACGUCGUAAGUAAUGUGCUCGUCCCACCGAAGGCUGUCGACCGUGGCGUGCAGCACUGGGAUGGUGGAGAGAUGACGGUUGAGGAGCUCAAAGAGAGGCUUGAGCCUUUGAUGGGCAACGAGAAGCCGCAGGAAUUGUGA